UUUUAAUUCAUGCCUGACUGUACAUACCAUUUAUCUUCUUCCUGUACAUUAUAAAUACAAAAAAAAUAUUAAAUAAUUUGAACGACUAAUUAGAUAUUUAAACAGAAAAGUAAAUAGAAGAUAUUUAUACUAUUUUAAAAAUGUCUUUAAUUGAAGAUAGAAAAGAUUCUUCUGGAAAAAAUGCAGAUGUAGUUUAUUGUACAUUUUGUCCAUCGAAAAUUCUUAAUGCUGGUGCUGCUACUUUUGUAAAUAUUGAGUUUUCUCUUCCUGAAAUUUUGUGUAAAAAAGGAAGUGAAGGCACCAGUCGCGAAAUGAUUUCAGACUGCUGGAUGGUGGAAGACAUUAAUUGCUUUGAAAAUAUUGGCGUCUCUCACACAGUUGAAAAUGUGAAAUAUCUCGCAUGUGCAGAUUGUGAAAGAGGUCCAGUAGGAUGGCACGAUUUAUCCACAUACAAAUCGUAUAUCGCCCUUUCUCGCGUCAAGCACGAGAAACCGAAUUCUCAGAAAAAGUGAUGAAACUGAUUUAUAACAACGAAAAUAGACGGGUUUAUAUGUAAAAAAAAAAGAAGAAAAGACUUUAUCACAUUCUAUUUUAAUUUUAUAUUUAUGUAUGUGAAUUUAGUGGACGCAGUCACUUUGCUUGUACAUAGUGCGCAAGAAUGAUUGAUCUUUGAUCAGUAUUGUUAACAAAGUCUAAUUUUCCACAGAUUAUCAAAAAGUAAAAAAAGCAAUGAUAGUCUCGAAAACGCACAAAAUGCUUUUACUUUUAAAUAAAAUUGAUACCUAAA